UCAUAAGCAGCGCGCACGCAGAGUUGAAGCAAGAAGUCGCGAGGAGUCAUCAGCUUCGAUUUGACACUGGUAUGAGGCAUGUGUCCCGUCCACCGUUGUGGAAUAUUUUUUGUUCCGGAAGUAGAUGAAACGUAGCAUAUUAAUGUGGACUUCAUCGUCAUGUUCGUCGGGCUCAGGAUGGGUGUUGAUUGUCGUGGGCAUCGAAGUUGAGUGAAAGAAAAGCAAAGUUGACAACUUCCAAAACUACCACAAUUUGCUUCACAUGCUCGUGCAAAUCGUUUUCAGUAUCGCUAUCGUGAGGGAAAUGGAGGAACCGAAGAGGCCGCUGUUGUACCAGAGACAAAACGUCGCACGCACCAGAGACCUUCAGUAAUUUUAGAUUUCGUUCUUCAUCACAUCACUUUUUUUUUCAACAUUGGAACUUGAAGUGAGGAAAGAAGUGGAACGAAGAAAACUGCCGCCAGUCAGCAAAGCAAAAUCUUGCUCUUGUGCGAAGAAAACAUCUAAACGAAGCCAUGUGGAUCGUCACCAUCGCGGGAUGGCUCCUGUGGAUCUACCUUAUCGGUAUCGGGACGCUCGCAGUCGUGAUGGACAAGGACUAUGAUCCGGACGCGGAGUUUUACUCUGAAGAAGUCGAACAUGACGGGUCGUUUAACGAAGUGAACGUGGUGAAGCGGCGGCGGAAAGAAGAGCUGGUGACCGAACAGGAGGAGACUCGUGUUGGAGAACAAGAGGCGAAGCAGCGUCCGUGGGGAGAGCGUCUCCGACGGUGGCUGCCGUCACGACCAGCAGCGAGUAGUCGAGUCCGGCCCAUUUUCUCGGACGCCGAACUACUGGAGAUUGCCAAUUCGGACCGCCCCGCUGCCACGAGGGAUGCGAUUCUUGUAUGCACGCACUCAUUUGUCCGCGCCUGAGAAAAUGUGUUGUGGUGCUCUUUUGCCUUUAUUCCAGCUCCUUUUAUGUUGUAACAUAAUGAAUGAAUACCUUGUAGUUUCUGAGUGUGUGCCUACCUGGCUUCAGGUGGGCGUUUAAACAUUCUAUCUUGAUGUUGGAGAAUGUAAAACUCAAAGAAUGCGAGUUUCAAUUUUGAAGAAACUCAAACUGUGACUGAUUGGAGCUGGGCAAGGCAUGAAAAUAACAUUGCCUGUAGGUCUCGCCCUGGCGAGUAAGUACUUAUUUCGAUUUCUUCUACUGCAGUCUCGGACGUAUAAUUUGCGCAGGAUAUUACAGGCGUCGCCCGAACAUGGAAGACGAGGAUGAUGGGACCGGAAAAGAGGAUGGGACGUCCGCGAUCGCGCACAUUCCGCGGAGCAGCGAGCACGACCCCAGGCAGACGAUCAACCUGCUCAUCGAAGACGAAGACUGAAAAAUGAACAAGAGGGUGACCAAUUCAGCUCGUACCUAGGCAAUCGAGAUAUUGAGCAGGUGUCUCGUUCAUCCUGCUAUAUAAGUACAAGAAAAAAUAAGUAGCUUUGGUUUGGCUCGUUCGAUCGCGUGCGUCAGUUCAGGCGUAUCACUCGGAAAUUCUGUUUAGCCUAUCGACAAACUACUGAAUAAGUCGACUCAUAUGGAAUCUCACCGCCGGUGAGGGUUACAUACUGUUCGUCGAGACACGAAC